AUGGACCUUUUCCCAUAUGAGUCAACUCUCCCUACUAAGGGUAGUGCGCGCGUGGAAAAUCCUUUCAGUGCGCGGAAAAUUCGUGCCGUGACCACCCCAAAGAUGUCGUCCGAUCAUUUAACGGUCGUGGAUGUUCCAGAAAAUCGCUUUGAAGAUGCGAUCUACCACUUGAAGUGGAAUUUCUUCUCCGAUGAACCAUUGAAUCACGCGGUAGGACUAUGCGAAAAAGGAGAGAGCCAAUUCGAGUUGGAGAGACACUGCCUGCUCACUUUAAAGCAGGGAUACUCAAGGAUGCUGGUGGAUCAAAAUGGAAUGAUAGCUGGUAUGGCUUUGAAUGGUAUCUUGAAGAAGGGAGAGCGCGAAGAAGCGGAACGUCGCCUUGCAGAAUUAAAUGAUGAAAAAUUCAAAAUAAUUUUCGGGCUUCUCUACAAAGUUAAUGAAAAAAUUGAUCUUUUUUCAAAGUACAAUGUUGAUGAAUUAUUCGAGUGUAGAAUUCUUAGCGUCGAUAAAAACUUCCGUGGGAAAGGUUUGGCGAAUAUUCUUAUGGCAGACAGUAUAGAAACCGCAAGAAAUGCUGGUUUCAAGGUGUUCAAAGCUGAUGCAACGGGUAUGUUUUCACAGAAAGUAUGUUUGAAACAUGGUUUUCAAAUAGAGGCGGAGAUUCCGUAUACGGAUCUUGAUGAAUCAAUAAGACCGGCCCCACCUCAUCAGGCCUUAAAAUUGAUGGUGAAGAUGUUAAAUUAA